AUGUUUCGCAAUCUACUGAGCAGCCUAAUCGAGCGUGUAAUUGGAUCGUAUAUCAAUGAUGUAAAUAGUGAAAAACUCUCGUUUGGUCUUUUGAAUGGAGAUUUGGCUUUAUCCAACAUCAAUUUAAAAGACGACACUUUGUAUCGCCUAUUUGACUUACCAUUUGUACUCGAACAGGGUUCAGUCGGACGCAUCAUGGUGCACAUUCCGUACACACACUUAUGGAGUCAACCUUGGCGGUUGUAUGUCGAGGAUGUGGAUUUGAUAGCUUAUCUCUCCGCUUCGGACUUGAAGAAGCGCGUGUCGGUUGAGAAAACCUCAUCCGGUCAGGACGCACCUGAGUCCUCAGAUAACCAGACAAACUACAAACUGAACGAUGGAUCUGUCCAAUCUAAGAACUGCUCCCCCGCCUCUGCUCUGGAGCAGAGAGCAUAUUUAGAACAAAUGGAAUAUAAAUGGUGGCAGGCGGUGCAUAGUACUGGCGUGAACGAUGCUACCGCACUGGCAGCAGCGGUGGCUAUGGAUUCUACCUCCAACAAAUCAUCGUGGUGGUCUUAUGUGGCUUCUCCUUGCUACAAUAUCCUGCGAAACAUACAGAUUGAAAUUCACAACGUACGCCUUCGGAUUGUUCCGCAGAAGACCGCAUCAACUUCGCCAACCGCCCCUGCGUUCGGUGUAUUCAUGAUUUGUUUGGAUCACCUGACCGUGAAAGCUGCUGACCUUCAGCCUCAGGUUUGUUCAACCCAGCUGGUGACUGUAUAUCUUCAUAAAUAUUUCCAUCAUAAAUCUGAUCUAUAA